CUUAUUGGUUACUUGAUAUAGCAUUGAAGUAUUCAAAAUCACAGUUUAUAGGAGUUGAUAAAAUAUCUAUUUCUCAUCUAUCAGACUUGUCUCUUAACGUAAAUAUUGAAAAGGAAAAUGCAUAUUAUUUAUCUUAUGAAGAUGAAACAUUUGCAAUUUUUCCUGCAAAAGAUAAGAAAGAUUCAAUAUUACCUGAGACUUUGAGAAUUCUAAAGCCUGAAAGGUAUAUUGAAUUACAGGAAUUUGAUUAUGAUAUAAUCAAUCUAUUUCUUAUUUUGAAAAAUUGUCUAAUAGAUUUAUUUAAUUUAUUAAAACUAAUAAAAUAG